AAGUGUUUGUUUGGAUAAAUAAAAUUUAUUUAAGUAUUUGUACCAAUUUAAUUAUAUACGUAAUAGUUACUAAAUUUUUAAUUAUUCAAUAUAUAUUUAUUAUUUCAUAACAUGUAGAAAAUAUAUAAUACUUAAAAAUAAUUUAUAUAUAAUAUUCGUCCCGCGCAAGGCGCGGAUCUUAACCUAGUUCACUUGUAUUCUUACAUAUCUUGUUCUUCAUCAUUAUAUCAACUUUGAGUAUCACUAAGAAACUUGUCUCAUAUGCAUUAUCAUUUUGUUCAUUACUUGUUCAACAUCUUAGAUUAAAGCAUAACCAUAAUUUAUGAGUGGGUCAUCUGGUCCAUCAUUUGGCGCGCUAAAGGAACGAGGUGGGAAUUAAUACAAAAACCCUCUUCAGAUCCGGCGUGAAAAUCAAAUAAAAUUGACUGGAACACACACAUCUGAUUUAUCCAGAACAACAAAACUCACGGGUUCCACCCUGCAUGUCGUAGGACAGCAAUUCAACGCGGAUGGAACUCACAUCAGUGUAACACCACCGACAUCACUAAUUGUCAAUCUGGACGAAACUCUAUCCCAUGCACCAGGCGAGUUACGAAAUGUUUCCUUUAUCUUGAUUCAACGUGCAGGUCAGCCGAAGGUUAUGAGACAUCAAGCUUCAGAAAGCUUAAAGCAACUCACAAAAAUCUUGGGUGAAUAGCUGGAGCAUAUCGAUUUUCAAAUUGCUUCGUCACCAAGAAGCCCGCAAGAAUAAUAGUUUAGACAAUAGAAACCAUGAAUCUAUUUCAGACAACAUACCGCAAGCCUGAAAAAUGAGAUCAUCAUCUUGAAACAAACAUUAGCCCAAGCUACAACCUAUCUCCGGUUGAUGAAAUCAAAGAUCCACCGAGCCACCAGCUCGGUCCUGAAGUUGACAAUGUCAUUGAAGAAACACAGAAAGACGUUGUUCAUGGACGGCUUAGCCAACGUUCCCAUCUCGAACAUCUAACCGAAGAUCUCCUCUUUAAGGGAAAACAAAUUCAUGAGCUCAUAUGACAGUUUUCUGCAUUACAAUGGGACAAAAUUCCUUUGACGACAGAUAGAGAUACCGUAUAUUUGCCUACCCUUUGUCAAGAACCUAAUAAGAGCUGUAAUAUCGUUAAAAAUUGGACCAUAUCAACAUGCUUAUCUUUUUCAGAAUGAGACAAAUGUUUGUGUCAUUUAAUCAUUGAAUAAUGAUACCAUCAAAUAAGAAUUCAUUGAUCAUACGAGUCAAAUCUCCUUUCACUAUGUCCUAAAACUUCUGAAAAAAUAAAGCGCUCAUUCCAUCAGGGUGCAUCACAAAUGUAAGUUUUACCUCUCAUUGUGUAACUGAAGCGGUGAGUUCCUGAUUUAUCGCAUAUGUGAUUGUUGUAAAGAUAUUUUCCAAAAAACGUCAUUUAUUUUUUUCUGAAUUUGAUGAUUCAAAUGAAUAUGAUGAUUCGGAAAGUGUUCUAAAGUAACAUGUAGCAAUGGCUCUCAUUCUCUCUGCAUCUAGUCAUCUUCCAUAAUUUUUCUGAAUUGUCUUCAGCAGUCCUGUUAUAUUUUAAUAGAUUAGGGCAUAAUUAACGGGGGUUUAAGUGGGUUUCUUAGUGGUGGGUCCCAUUAUUUUUGCAAAAAUCGGUUCCUAGAAGUGUGAAAUAAGGACCGAUCUUGGAGGGUUUUUUGCACUGUUCGCGGACUCCACCGACAAGUGGCGGCUCACGAUUGGUUCGCUUUUUAAUUUUCUUUUUCAGACAGGAAAAAAUAAAAAUUAAAAUUUCUAAGAAACCGGUUCACAGUUUCAGCGUUAAUGAUGGUCUUAGUUUGAAGGACAGGAUGAGAAUGGACUAUAUUAUAACAUACCCUGGACUUAUAUUUGGACUGAAGGAGAAUAGACUAUAGUUUAUAAUGAAGACAAUAUAUUUGCGUACCAUAAACCCAUUCAUCAGGCCCAAAUAAUAAUAAUACGGGAAUCUGUAUAUUAGGGUUUGCGUAGCUUCUUUUAAUUUUCUCUCACUGUGCCGUCUGAAGAGAACAUAGAUCAGACAAAAAUGGAGAAAGGCAAGGGAAGAAAGGAGGAGAUUGUUACCAGGGAGUACACUAUCAACCUCCACAGGCGCCUGCAUAGCUGCACCUUCAAGAAGAAGGCACCCAGUGCCAUCAAAGAGAUUAGGAAGUUUGUGUUGAAAGCAAUGGGAACAAAGGACGUUAGAGUGGAUGUUAAGCUGAACAAGCAGAUAUGGAGCAGAGGAAUUCAUGGUCCUCCUAGGAGAGUCAGAGUUUGUGUUGCACGUAAGAGAAAUGAUGAUGAAGACGCCAAGGAGGAGUUUUACUCUCUUGUCACUGUCGCUGAGAUUCCUGCUGAAGGAUUGUCUAGUUUGGGCACCAAGGUCAUCGAUGAAGACGAGUGAAAAAAAUGGUAGUUUUAUUUACUCGUAAACCCUUUUAUCAUUGCAACAUUUUUUGUUUGUUAAAUCGUUAGAUGAAAGACAGAAGUAUUUGCUUGUUUUUGAUCACUUACCUAUUUUGGUAAUUUAUAUCUUAUGUUAUAAGUUCCAGAGACGAGAACAGAUUCGAGUUUGAUCUUGUUA